AGGCUGCGGGCGGCUCGGCCGGUGAGGCCGGCCCUGCCGAGGCGCCGACGGUCGGGAGUCCUUGCGGUGACCGGUGCUCGCUGCCGAGCGCUGUCCCCAGAGGCUCCCGGCCCUGGCGUCGCCCUCCUACCACGCAGAGCUGGUGUCGGCGGCCCAGGGAGGAGCGCGCUCUCGCUGGGUCCCUACCGGGCCCUUAUGGUUGCCGAGGAGCGCGCUCUCGCUGAGCCCCUGUCGGGCUCGCACGGUGACCGCCGGGGAGCGCGAGUGACCUGCAGGCCCCUGGGCCGGAGAGGGCAGCCGUGCCCUGGGGUCGCGCGCUCGGAGCGCCGUGGGCACAACUUGAGAUGAGACUGUAGUCCAGAGUGGGCUGCGCUGGCGGCGGUUUCAUUUCCGGGUGUGACGGCCCGGCGUUUAAGAGCGGACUCAGACGUAGCCUCACUGUUGGACGUGAACGUUGUCAAGCUGUGUCCUUGAUUGUGGAGUCUGAUAAGACAUUAUUUUUAAUCAGGCGCCCGUUCUCUGUCACGCUCCCGAUAAAAAGGAGAAAAGGGGGAGCAAGGCGAGGAUGGUCCUCAUACAAUUACUUCGUUUAAAGACUCUAUCUCCAGUAGGAUGGGAGUACCCGCCGUCCAAGGUAUCGUGUGGAUGGGAGCUGGGAAGAUUAUCAGACAUGACAAGGAUUCACUUACAGAUUUUGAACAGUAAAACUUGGAGUUAAGAACUAUGCGCAAAUUUUCCAUGUACCCAGGCAAUAUCUUUCUUAGGACUUUCCCACACUAUUUUUAGUUAAUGGGCCUUCUCAAGCUGAGUUUUAGCCAUCUAUCACUAAAAGGGAAUUGGGAGGCACUGGUGAAGAAAUAUGCAAUCAUGGAAUCGCCUUGCUAACCAUCUCCACCUGUUCUCCUUGAUAAGCCAGUGAAGAAGUGGGUUGAGGAGAAGGGAAAGAGGCCAACAUGAAGCUAAAGCAGCGAGUUGUGCUGUUAGCAAUACUCCUAGUCAUCUUUAUCUUCACCAAAGUUUUCCUGAUAGACAACUUAGAUACAUCAGCAGCCAACAGAGAGGACCAGAGGGCUUUUCACCGAAUGAUGACUGGCUUGCGGGUGGAACUGGUGCCUAAAUUGGAUCACACCCUGCAGUCUCCUUGGGAGAUUGCAGCCCAAUGGGUGGUGCCCCGGGAAGUGUACCCCGAAGAGACACCAGAGCUGGGAGCAAUCAUGCAUGCCAUGGCCACUAAGAAGAUCAUUAAAGCUGACGUAGGCUAUAAAGGGACACAGCUGAAAGCUUUGCUGAUUCUUGAAGGAGGACAGAAAGUUGUCUUUAAGCCUAAGCGCUACAGCAGAGACUAUGUGGUAGAAGGGGAGCCCUACGCUGGUUAUGACAGACACAAUGCAGAGGUGGCAGCCUUCCACUUGGACAGGAUUCUGGGUUUCCGCCGAGCUCCCUUGGUGGUUGGCAGAUAUGUUAAUCUGAGGACGGAGAUCAAGCCUGUGGCCACGGAGCAGCUGCUGAGCACCUUCCUAACUGUAGGGAACAAUACAUGUUUCUAUGGGAAGUGCUACUACUGUCGAGAAACAGAACCAGCGUGUGCUGAUGGAGACAUGAUGGAGGGAUCCAUCACACUGUGGCUUCCAGAUGUGUGGCCUCUACAGAAACAUCGACACCCGUGGGGCAGGACUUACCGAGAAGGCAAAUUGGCUAGGUGGGAAUACGAUGAGAGCUACUGCGAUGCCGUGAAGAAAACGUCCCCCUAUGACUCAGGCCCACGCCUCUUGGACAUCAUUGACACCGCUGUCUUUGAUUACUUGAUUGGCAAUGCUGACCGCCAUCACUAUGAAAGCUUUCAAGAUGAUGAAGGCGCUAGCAUGCUUAUUCUUCUUGAUAAUGCCAAAAGCUUUGGGAACCCCUCGCUGGAUGAGAGAAGCAUUCUUGCCCCUCUCUAUCAGUGUUGCAUCAUUCGGGUCUCAACCUGGAAUAGACUCAACUACCUAAAGAACGGAGUGCUAAAGUCUGCCUUAAAAUCUGCCAUGGCCCACGACCCCAUCUCCCCUGUGCUCUCUGAUCCACACUUGGACACUGUAGACCAGCGGCUCCUCAAUGUCCUUGCCACCGUCAAGCAGUGCACUGACCAGUUUGGGAUGGACACGGUGCUGGUGGAAGACCGGAUGCCGCUCUCCCACUUGUAACCCACAACGUGAAACAAGUGGAACUGGUUUUUACGAAGAUAGAGAAACAGCACAAUCAACUCCAAAUGGCAUGUGAGGGCCUGGAAGUGGCCAGCAGCGGGUUCUGGUGGUAGAAGACAGGGCAGCCCUGGGAGUGCCUGGUGUUUUCUGCAGUGUUGUCGUGGAAGCUUGUCUGCAGAAUCACCUGGAGUCCUCGGCAGUUGACCCUUCAGGCAGCAAGCACCAGGUCUGGUCAGUCUUAUUCCCACUCCAAAGGACAAGCAGGUGUGGCACUGGCUAAGGAAUUGGUUCGAGAGUGUGUAUGUCUACGGUGAACUUUGCCGUCCUUUCUCUGCACCCAUGGAUUCUGUAGAUCACUUUGCAGUUCCUUGUGUCUUAAAAACAAAACAAAAAAGGCAGAACUAGUCAGACUGGAAAAUGUACUGUUCCUCCAUAGUGGCAUCAACAAGAUAGCACAGUCUGCUGGAGGGGAGAAGGGCAGGACCAUGUUGGGGCUCUUAGCUAUUGAGUGCUGUGGAUUUGACAUCUCAGGGAUGAGAACAGGGAGGGGCUCACUCUGUAGAACCAGGAAGAUGAUUGGCUUAUUGAAAAGCAGCUUCCCCUGAGUUUCGGUUCUUGGAUAUGUCCAAAGCAAACACUCAUCCCCCAGUCUGUUCAAAUAACCAGAAUUAUCUCUGGAGGAAACACAAUGACAACCCAAGUGUGGUCCCCUAUGAACACUAAUUUACUUCCACACCCACCUUUUGCCCAAAGUAGCAGAACAAGCUGAAGUGAUUCAAGUCAGGUGCCUGUGAUCCCUUCAUCAGUUUUCCUCCCUCCUCCCUUUUCUUGCAUCGGCAUUAUUUAUUUUGAAGAAUACUAUAGGCUCUCACUCUAGCCCAUGCUGGUCUGGAACUUAAUAUGUAACACAGGCUGGCUCUGAACUGGCAGCAAUCCUCCUGCCUCAGCCUUCCACGUGCUAAGAGUAUAAGUAUGAACAAGCAUGCCCAGCUCUCCUUUCCCUUUUCAGGUGUGAGGCAUUUAAUCAGUGAUGCUGCUGUUUCUAGGAGGUGGUGGCUUGUCUGUGCCUUCUUAUGAGAAUGUGCCCUGCUAGUAGUUGGCUGGAGCUUGAGAUGGGGGUCCUGUAGGUAGCGGAGUGAAAGAUGAUAAGCCUUCUGAGCCUUGAAACUGAGGAGAUUACCACAAAGAGCCUCAAUAUUUUGGGUUCAUAUCAAAUCCAAAUUCUAUUCUUCAAAUCUCAUUUGGUGUAGUAGAAUUCUUCCAUCUCCUUGAAGUUGAAGUUUAGUUCUGUAUUCUAGCAAAGUCAUUUCACAUGUAAGCAGCUGUGGUAAAUUCCAGGACUAGGGACAUGUCCACACUCCGAGAGCUGUGUGUUCCCUCCGCCUCUUGUGUGGUUCUGGACUUCUGUCAAGACCAGCCUUCCAGUGCUCUCCUUGACAUUCAGUGCCAGCCAUGGAGCCUGCUUGAGGCAGCUACCUUCCUAGGGUAAGACCCCAGGUUUCUCAUGGUGAAACCUAGUAACCUAUAACAACUUUUAAAAGGCGUGGAGUUAGGAACAUUUGCACAUUUUAUGUGCAUUUUGAGGUAGAUUAAGGAAUAGGCUGCGUUUUUUAAAACUCGGAUAUUGAACUUAAUAAAACAAAUAUUAGCACAAAACACUGUAAUAGUGUUAGCAAAAGGAGGUAUUGAGUCCAGUUUCCAGGCCACUUGCAGAUUCACAGUUGAAUUUGAGAUUAGUGUGGUUAGCACUUGCGAAAGUGGGAGCCAACAGAUGGCUGCAGUCAGCCCUCCCCUCAGUGUUGACUGGGCUGUGGGUCAGCACUCUGUCCACUGGUGCAGUGAGUGACAAGGAGCCUUACUUGUAACAUCGAAGGCACGAGAUUCUUCUGAGGAAAAGAGCAGGCAGAAAAGCUGCUCUGAAAAAAAAAAAAAAUUAGAGAAAAGCCAUUCACACUUUUUUUUUUUUUUCACACUCAUGGCAUUAGGAGGUACUCAGACCCACAGUGAAUAAAGUUAGAAUUGAGCCAACAGUGGUGAGACACAGCAAUUAGAAUAUAAACCUGUGUUCUAAGGUGGAGUUGGGUUAAGGUAGGAAAGGUAUAUUUGGGUGAAUCUUGGCAUGGCGGGUGGGGCUGUGGACCAGCCAUAAGCUUCUAGCCCCAAAUUUAUAGACACAAAGUUCUGUUGGGGGAAAUAAGACAGAUACAUUUUUCAAAGGUGUUGUGACCCUGGCCUCUUCUGGGGUCAUUUUAGCAUUAGGACUGUCACAAUCGAGUCACCAGAGGGCAUUUGCCAACCCACCAUCUGCAGAACAAGCCAGAACCCAUUGCUGGCUCCUCGUUUGCUCCCACCUCUUAAAUAUAUGUAUUUUAGUUGCAAAGGGAAAUUUGGAUAUAGAAUUUAUAUUCCCAAAACUGUCCCUUAGUCUCAGGCUGCAUUGUGCUUUGGGGAGGACUAUAAGUAAGUCUCUUUCAAAACAGUAGGCUCCAGUGUGCUGGAGACGAAUGGUAUUUUUAAGGUAUGUUUACCUGUUUGCACUUAGGGUUAAGUGUCAAACUAAAUUUUAAGAAGAAAAUGGAAGAAUUCAGGUACCUUUAUUACAUUCUUUUAGCAGAGUGAACCCUGACAGCUUCUCUAUUUUCCCAGUGCUGGGGACAGCAUUGUCAUCCAAAGACUUCAUGUUUUCUUUCAGACACUCACACUUUGGCUUUCCCUCUCCAUGCACCACAUUCCUUCAGCCUCCCUUCUCACCCCUCUCUGGAUCCCUCUGAUCAGCAAAUGACCUUCUCUUAUGAUCAUAGGACAGCUGCUGUCGGCAAGCCCCCUUGUGCAGCCUGGGAUCCGGGCUCAGCACAGGUGGGUAGAGGUGUCGAGGGUAAUGUGGCCGUGUGUGCAUUCUGCCAAGGAAAAUAGAUUUACUUUGACACAAGGAAAUACUGACAUUGAGAAAGGACUUGGCCCUUGGCCGGUAAAGAUUAGCAUGUUCAUCAGCGUCUGCUGAGCCAGGUGACCUGACUGUGAAACGUGCUCCCUGGGGAGGCUGGCUUUUCUCCCUCUAUUUCUCUAGUCUGGGUGGUGAGUGGGGCUGGGUACUGCACUGUCACAGUGUUUAGGAGCUAAGGUGAUCCUCAUAAACUACUGGGGGAAGCUGGGAAUAACUUACUGGGAAGCUAAUUUAUUUGUCUAAAGGGUGGUGUAGGUAUCAUUGCCCUCUUGUUUGAUCUGCCUAGGAUUUCCUCUUGGAGCUGUUGUGCAGACAGAGGUUGUACUUGGUAAGACACCAAACAAAUUUCUAAUGUGUUCUAUGGGUUUCAAUCUGAAAAAAAUAAAGAUUUUAAUAUAUA